AUGCCGGGUCUCGCGCGAAAGGUGCUGAUAUGCGCCGCUGUUGACGGCCUUGUUCUACAACCUCUCCAUUCCAAGAAAGAUCAGCAACGCACUUCACUGAUCAAGAUCAAGUACGGCACUGCCUCGGUAUCGCAAACUUCGAGAGAUUCGGUACCUGAACUAUCGAACCCCGACUCCUCCUUCGAAGCUUUUGGAAUUGUUGGUAUCCUUACCGUCUUUCGAUACAGCUACCUCAUCUCUAUUACCGGCCGCCAGCAAGUCGCCCAGAUUCGCGGUCAACCCAUCUAUGUCGUAACCGAAGUCGCCCUUACGCCGUGUACUUCGCAGAACGAUGCCGCCGAGGCAGUAGCCAAGACCGCGCUAGCCCUCAACAACCGUGAGGCAGCUCACUCGGACGAUGAUACAGCGAGCGAGGAUGACGCCCCGCGAGAUUCAGGGAGCAACGAUGAGGCCAUCGACGAUGUCUUGGAUCACACAGAGGGAGAGGAUUCGUCAGGAGAAACGGGCCCCAGCGCCAUAUCACGUAGCAGUAUCGCACAGGAUGUCAUCACACGUCGUGGAAGCUAUGGUCGAUUUGCAAAAAGCUGGUUUAGUCGCUCAGGUUGGACUAUGGAUCAGAAGAGGAAUAUGGGCCUCAGCGCAGAGCAACUUGAAAGGGCCAAUGCCAGCAAAACCGAGGCCAAGAAGGGCUCGGAUGCUGCAAAGCGUGUCCCUCGCAAGUUUCCCUUGCCGAGUGACGCCGUCGAGGAUGAUUCGGCUGCAGUGAGCCUGCUGCCAAAGCUGUUACGCACCACCCAAAUCUUGUUUGGCUCGAGUCGCACUUUUUACUUCUCGUACGACUACGAUAUCACCCGUAGCGCAGCCAACCCGGCGCCUCCUUCUACGCCCCUUAUACCGCUGGUUAACCAUGUCGACCCCACGUUUUUCUGGAACAAGAACGUCAUGAAGCCUUUUAUCGACGCUGGUGUGGACUCCCUGACUCUACCCCUUAUGCAGGGUUUUGUAGGUCAGCGUACCUUCACUGUCGAUAGCAAUCCGCCACAGGUUGACGAUGCUGCUAAGGACUCACUCGAGCUCAAGGACUUGGAUGGUGACAACAAAGCUGCGGCCAGUCCAGCUUCCAUCAAUGCAGGGGUCGGCUGUGAAGAAACCCACCCCACGGAGAAAAGGUUUGACAUCACGGUAAUUUCCAGGAGGUCAACCAAGAGAGCAGGACUGCGUUACCUCCGUCGCGGUAUUGACGAGGGUGGCAACGUUGCCAAUUGUGUGGAAUCUGAGCAAAUCCUGUCGCCUGCUGAAGGAACAUCCGUCCCUAAUGCCAAGAUCUACUCCUUUGUUCAGAUCAGGGGAAGCUUCCCUCUGUUCUUCUCCCAGUCUCCCUAUUCACUGAAGCCCGCACCAGUACUACAGCAUUCACCCGACACCAACUACGCGGCACUGAAGAAGCAUUUCGAAUGGCUCAGGCAGAAGUACGGAUUGAUACAGUGCGUCAACCUCGUGGAAAAGCAUGGCGUUGAAGCGCCAAUAGGACAGCGAUACGAAGAAAAUAUCAAGCGACUCAACGAGGAAGAGUCAAGGCCUGAGGAUGAACAAAUCGCUUUCGAGUGGUUUGACUUCCAUCAUGUCUGUCGCGGGAUGAAGUUUGAAAACGUGUCUGUUCUCUUGGAGAUUUUGGGGCCCAGACUUGAGAAAUGGGGAAGCACAGUCGUGGUAAAUGACAAGGUCGAAACCCAACAGCUCGGUGCUUUCAGAACCAACUGUAUGGACUGUCUUGACCGCACCAACGUUUGCCAAAGCUCUUUUGCCAAAUACAUGCUUGACAUGCAGCUGAAGGAGCUGGGCUUCGACAUGAACCUGCAAAAGGAUCAGGAGAACGCUUGGUUCAAUACUCUUUGGGCUGACAACGGAGAUGCAAUCUCGAAGCAGUAUGCCUCCACGGGCGCAAUGAAGGGUGACUAUACACGGACUCGCAAGAGAAACUAUCGCGGAGCUUUGACCGAUGCAGGGCUAUCUCUGACUCGGUUGUUCAAUGGCAUGUUCAACGAUUUCUUCCUCCAGACAACGAUCGAUUUUCUCCUGGGCAAUGUGACCUCCCUGGUGUUUGCGGAAUUCGAGGCCAACAUGAUGACCAAGGAUCCCGCAAUAUCGAUGCAGAAACUGCGGGAGCAGGCCAUCGAACUUUCGCACAAGCGCGUCAUUGCGGAUGAGUCCGAAGAGUUCAUAGGUGGCUGGACUCUCCUGACACCAAAUGUGCCCGAUACUGUCCGCUCUUCUUCAUUCGAAGAAGCAGUCCUUUUGCUCACUGACAAAGCCCUGUAUCUUUGCAGGUUCGACUGGAACCUCGACAAGGUAUCCUCGUUCAAACGCGUCGACUUGGCCCACGUUACGAACAUUAAGUUUGGCACGUACAUCACAUCGACGAUCUCAGCAGCCGAGGUCGAUGAGAUGCGUAACGUAGGACUCAUUGUCGAGUACAAUCCUGGUGUUACAGACAUCACCCGAGUCAACACGCGGUCACUUACUACCUCGGUGUCUGAUGCAUCCAAGAUGGGCCGUGAGCCUACCUCUGGUAUCGAUGCCGCAGAACAGGAACCUCAAGCGGCGAAGGAUGCUGCUGCUGCUGCUGCCUCCGAAGAAAAGCCGGCACCUGUCGCAGCACCGAUAGCUGGCAUUGCUGAGGGCAUCGCCGGGUUCUUCGCUCCCCGUUCUCAAGAACCACAGGCACGCAAGAUUGCUCUCAAGGCGCUGCACAGCAUCACUUCGGCGGCUGAUCCCAUGGCCAAGAGUAAAGAAGAUGAACCUGGGGCGAUCACGAGACUCUCCGAAAUGCAGCAAGUCAUUCUUAUUGCCUCCGAGAUCGAGAGACUUGCGAUAAGGAGCCAGCCUAAGCUUCAGUCCAAGAAGGAUGAGGAGUCCGGACUGAUCGAGAAGGGGGGCAUCAUCUCUCUAGCUGAUGCGAAGAAGAAUACCGGGUUGCUGGAGCAACUGGGACAUUCUCUCAAGAAGAUGGUGUGGGCUUAACGACGUACGGUAUAGUAUUGGCCAAUGGGUUGUUAGCGAUGGUGUUGGAGAUUGACGAGGGCGUGAUGAAGCAUACAUACACUAAUUGUACCGGAUACCUUUUUUUAUUUCCUUUUUCGUUGUUGCGAGAAGG